CUUCCCGUGCUUGUCCCGCCCAUCCUCAAGGCGGGGGCGUGGCCAUGGCCGCGGCGCCCCAGCGGGGGAGGGCCCUAGACUCCCGCCGUUGGGGUCCCACAGUUUCCAGCCGCCGCUCUCCUCAGUGCUCGGUGGCCCAGGAGGGCCUGGGAGCCCGAGGCCGUCCCCAAGUCGCUCCUGGGUCACUGGCGCGAUGCGGGCCGUCCUCUCGGCUGAUGAGUUGGAAGCCCAGCGAGGCUAGAGGCCAGUCCCAAAGUCUCCAGGCAUCAGAGCUGCAGCCCAGGAACCUCAAGGCGGCCCGGCGGGCGACUGGACGGCCGGACAGGUCCCGAGCAGCCCGGCCCACCAUGGACCCCUCUGCCCACAGGUCCCGAGCAGCCCCGCCCAACAUGGACCCAGACCCCCAGGCGGGCGUGCAGGUGGGCAUGCGGGUGGUGCGCGGCGUGGACUGGAAGUGGGGCCAGCAGGACGGCGGCGAGGGCGGCGUGGGCACGGUGGUGGAGCUUGGCCGCCACGGCAGCCCCUCGACACCCGACCGCACAGUGGUCGUGCAGUGGGACCAGGGCACGCGCACCAACUACCGCGCCGGCUACCAGGGCGCACACGACCUGCUGCUCUACGACAACGCCCAGAUCGGCGUCCGGCACCCCAACAUCAUCUGUGACUGCUGCAAGAAGCACGGGCUACGGGGGAUGCGCUGGAAGUGCCGCGUGUGCCUGGACUACGACCUCUGCACGCAGUGCUACAUGCACAACAAGCACGAACUCGCCCACGCCUUCGACCGCUACGAGACCGCUCACUCGCGCCCUGUCACACUGAGUCCCCGCCAGGGCCUCCCGAGGAUCCCACUAAGGGGCAUCUUCCAGGGAGCGAAGGUGGUGCGAGGCCCCGACUGGGAGUGGGGCUCACAGGAUGGAGGGGAAGGGAAACCAGGCCGUGUGGUGGACAUCCGUGGCUGGGAUGUGGAGACAGGCCGGAGUGUGGCCAGCGUGACGUGGGCUGAUGGUACCACCAACGUGUACCGUGUGGGCCACAAGGGCAAGGUGGACCUCAAGUGUGUGGGCGAGGCAGCGGGCGGCUUCUACUACAAGGACCACCUCCCAAGGCUUGGCAAGCCGGCCGAGCUGCAGCGCAGGGUGAGUGCUGACAGCCAGCCCUUCCAGCACGGGGACAAGGUCAAAUGUCUGCUGGACACUGACAUCCUGCGGGAAAUGCAGGAAGGCCAUGGCGGCUGGAACCCCAGGAUGGCGGAGGUGAGCUGCCCCACCUUGGAGCCCUGUGUGCCCUGCCCUUCCAGCCCUCCGGACCCCCAGCCCCUUCCUCCCCAAGCGUCCAGCCCGACCCAGCCACAGCUCCAUGACCCGCCACAGUUUAUCGGACAGACGGGCACCGUGCAUCGCAUCACGGACCGAGGGGACGUGCGCGUGCAGUUCAACCACGAGACGCGCUGGACCUUCCACCCCGGGGCGCUCACCAAGCACCACUCCUUCUGGGUGGGCGACGUGGUCCGGGUCAUCGGCGACCUUGACACAGUGAAGCGGCUGCAGGCUGGGCACGGCGAGUGGACAGACGACAUGGCCCCUGCCCUGGGCCGCGUCGGAAAAGUGGUGAAAGUGUUUGGAGAUGGGAACCUGCGUGUAGCAGUCGCUGGUCAGCGGUGGACCUUCAGCCCCUCCUGCCUGGUGGCCUACAGGCCCGAGGAGGAUGCCAACCUGGAUGUGGCUGAGCGCGCCCGGGAGAACAAAAGCUCACUGAGCGUGGCCCUGGACAAGCUUCGGGCCCAGAAGAGUGACCCAGAGCACCCGGGAAGGCUGGUGGUGGAGGUCGCGCUGGGUAACGCAGCCCGGGCUCUGGACCUGCUGCGGAGGCGCCCAGAGCAGGUGGACACCAAGAACCAAGGCCGGACCGCUCUGCAAAUGGCUGCCUACCUGGGCCAGGUGGAGUUGGUACGGCUGCUGCUACAAGCCAGGGCAGGUGUGGACCUGCCAGACGACGAGGGCAACACGGCGCUGCACUACGCAGCCCUGGGGAACCAGCCCGAGGCCGCCAGGGUGCUCCUGAAUGCUGGGGGCCGGGCGGACGCCAUCAACAGCACCCAGAGCACAGCACUGCACGUGGCCGUGCAGAGGGGCUUCCUGGAGGUGGUGCGGGCCCUGUGUGAGCGUGGCUGUGACGUCAACCUGCCCGACGUCCACUCGGACACGCCCCUGCACUCCGCCAUCUCAGCGGGUACUGGAGCCAGCGGCAUCGUCGAGGUCCUCACGGAGGUGCCAACCAUCGAUGUCACUGCCACCAACAGCCAGGGUUUCACCCUGCUGCACCAUGCCUCCCUCAAGGGCCACGCGCUAGCUGUGAGAAAGAUUCUGACUCGGGCGCGGCAGCUGGUGGACGCCAAGAAGGAGGACGGCUUCACGGCGCUGCACCUGGCCGCCCUCAACAACCACCGCGAGGUGGCCCAGAUCCUCAUCCGGGAGGGCCGCUGUGAUGUGAAUGUGCGCAACCGGAAGCUGCAGUCUCCCCUGCAUCUGGCCGUGCAGCAGGCCCACGUGGGGCUGGUGCCACUACUGGUGGACGCUGGGUGCAGUGUCAACGCCGAGGACGAGGAGGGGGACACAGCCCUGCACGUGGCGCUGCAGCGUCAUCAGCUGCUGCCCCUGGUGGCUGAUGGGGCCGGGGGGGACCCAGGGCCCUUGCAGCUGCUGUCCAGGCUACAGGCCUCAGGCCUCCCCGGCAGCGCGGAGCUGACGGUGGGUGCGGCAGUCGCAUGCUUCCUGGCGCUGGAGGGCGCCGACGUGAGCUACACCAACCACCGCGGCCGGAGCCCGCUGGACCUGGCCGCCGAGGGCCGCGUGCUCAAGGCCCUUCAGGGCUGCGCCCAGCGCUUCCGGGAGCGGCAGGCGGGCGGGGGCGCAGCCCCGGGCCCCAGGCACACGCUCGGGACGCCCAACACCGUGACGAACCUGCACGUGGGCGCCGCGCCGGGGCCCGAGGCCGCUGAGUGCCUGGUGUGCUCCGAGCUGGCGCUGCUGGUGCUGUUCUCGCCCUGCCAGCACCGCACCGUGUGCGAGGAGUGCGCGCGCAGAAUGAAGAAGUGCAUCAGGUGCCAGGUGGUCGUCAGCAAGAAACUGCGCCCAGACGGCUCUGAGGUGGCGAGCGCCCCCCCCGCCCCCGGCCCGCCGCGCCAGCUGGUGGAGGAGCUGCAGAGCCGCUACCGGCAGAUGGAGGAACGUAUCACCUGCCCCAUCUGCAUCGACAGCCACAUCCGCCUCGUGUUCCAGUGCGGCCACGGCGCAUGCGCCCCCUGCGGCUCCGCGCUCAGCGCCUGCCCCAUCUGCCGCCAGCCCAUCCGCGACCGCAUCCAGAUCUUCGUGUGAGCCGCGCCGUCCGUCACGCCCGAGCUGCCUUCGCGUGCCCCCGCCCUGUGUUUUAUAAAAAGAUUCUUGGACGUUG